AAUAUAUUCGAUUUCAAAAAUUAACCUCCAAAAAUAAAAUUCAUUCAAGUUUUCACUGAUAAUAAUGCUAGCGAGACAAUUAACAUGUGUGUUGAGUAAACGACCGUGUUUUCAAGAUCGCUCGCUCUCUCUGAUAGUACGUGCAUAUGGCUUAGAUCAUGAAAAAAAACUAUAUUCAUUAAAAGAAAGGGAAAACAUGUCCAAAGAUGAUCCAAAAAAGCCCACAAGUAUUAUGUGGUUUCCUUUGAAGGCGAGCAACCAGACAGAUUUUUUCUUCGGUAAUAUUUCGAAAUGGUUCGCGCAUCAACUAUCUGUGUACAGCAAACUCGACCAGAGAUUCAUACCAGAGAGACACGAAGUGUUGGGCGCUGAUCUGGCCACUGCUCAUUUUAUCAUAUAUCGCGGUGGUCGGGUAAAAUUUAAGGGCAACACUCAGUGGACGGAGAAGAACGAAAAAGGCUCGUGUGAUUUACCCAACAAGUAUGAUUUUCGCUACAUCCUCGAGGCAGUGGACGCCAGUAAUGUUGACCUGUAUUACGAAGGUCUGAGUAAUUUGUGUGGCCUCAGAAAGCUCAAAUGGCUUAGUCUCAAGAACUGUAAGAACAUCGAUGACUGGGGCUUGGACAAGAUUUCGGCAGAAUUCCCAGAAUUGGAGUACUUGGAUAUUUCCGACUGUGAGAGGAUCACCGAGAGAGGAUUGGAAUCGUUGUAUAGAAUGUCCAAUUUAAAGAAACUUAUUGUAACAAAUCAUUAUAAAUCUGUCGCAUUCGAACUAACUUGUUUCAUGCUGGAGGAUUGUAUACCCAACUUGACUUGUGAAAUUUCUAUACCUCAAAAACUAAAAGAGUAAUGUUAAUGAAAAGAUUAGAAUGAGUAAAAUAUAAGAA